AUGGGCGCUGUUUACAGCCCAGGAAGCUCCAGGUCUCCAAUCAGCAACCUGUACCCUAAAUCGCAGCAAGUUACAACAGGGAAUUCCAUCUCCACAACCAUCAUGACCAAGCCAGACACAGCCCGCUUGAUGGAAAUGUACAUGAGCCAGCCCCUCAAUAUGUAUUGUCGAUUUCAUCCACUUCGAUGGACCGCGAGUGAGACUUCCAGUCGUGGUAUGAACCGCAUCGCAUCGAGGAGCAUGAUCGUGACGGUAGCUGGCACCGGACUCAUGUGCGGGGUUACUCGAAAGCGCAGUCGGUGUGAGGGGAGGCGAACCUGCCAAGGCCAGAAAGACGGGAUUGGAAUUGUCGGAGUAUGGUAG